CAUUUCUCUUCUGUCUGUAGAAGGUGAAUGCGUUGCACACUCGAGAGCAGAAGCAGAAAGGAGUCUGAGGUUUUGGACUGGCUGGGGAAAGAGAGAUCUCAGGACAUUCGUCGUUUCUGGCACUGUGUGCAUUCUACGCCUGCUCAUGGACAUCCUGUCAGAUGCUGGACCUCUAGAUGCUGAGAUGCUGACAAAAGAGAGUAAAGGAGCAGUGAACAAAGGGAAGGAAAAGAAAGACACCAGAAAGAAAAGUAAAGAUGGCGUAUAUAGUGAGGAUAGUGAUGAUCCGGGUACUUCUUCUGCUUCCAACGUGACUCCGAAAAAAAAAGCCAAGAAAUCUUCAUUCUCAUCUCCUGUAAAGACAGACAACAAUCAGGAGAUUUGGAUGUUUCCUAAAUAUAAGACUGAGCUGCCUGUAAAAUGUGGAAACACAGAAGGCACUCUCCAUCGGGAUAAACUGGCCAAUGGGGAGAAGUGUUUAUUUGCUCAGGGACGCUGGUUCUCCCCAGGUGAAUUUGAGAAGUUUGCAGGGAAGGAAAGAAGCAAAAACUGGAAAGUCAGCAUCCGAUGCGAAGGCACACCACUUAAAAAACUCAUUGAGGCGAAUCUUCUUCAGUGUAAACCGAUGCAGAGAAAGCAGGGGACCUCUGUCCGAAAAAGCAAGAAAGUACAGAUUGUGAUCAGUUCAUCUGAGGACUCCAGUCCAGACUCAAGACCGUACUUUUCAGGAGGAGGAUCACAGUUCAGAAGUAGAGUUGAUGAUGAUGAGGAGGAAGAUGAGAUGGUAGAUCUGACUGUUUUCCAGGCUCAUUCUUUACGAGUCACCUGUGUCUCACUCACUGGGACUCUGUACAAAAAACGGUUUGCCACAGGGAAGCGUGGAAAGAGUAUACGAACUGAGGAACGCUGGUUUACUCCAGAGGAAUUUGUAAAGGAGGAACCGACUCUCUCUGAUGGAUUCUGGAAAAAAGACAUACGGUGUCAUGGAAAAACUCUCAACUUUUUAUGCGAGAAAAAGAUCCUGCAGAUUCAUUCUGUUCUGUGUGAAUGUGGGAAAUGCAGCACUGAUCCAAAAGACCUGGCAGACCAGAACAACGAUGAUGUGUGUUUUGCGUGUCACUCUGAGGGAGAUCUGGUGUGUUGCGAUGAAUGUCCACGAGCUUUUCAUGAAUACUGUCACCUACCACCUGUACCCAAAGAUGCAUCUGGGGAAUGGAUUUGCACCUUUUGCAUGAUAAGAAAAAAGCAACAAUUACAGAGCUCCAGCAACACGACUGAACAAGAAGUGUAACCUGAAGAGACAUGCUACUUUAUUGUUCAUAGAUUUUAAUUAUUUUAAUAUGAUAUUUUUGAUAUGUUUAUGUGUAUAUUAUUUGAUUUUGUUGAACAAAACUAGUUCAAACCAUGUUUGAGGACCAUAACAGCAUAUUUUCAAGAUUUGUUUUCUUUUCAUUAGUUCAUAUUGUGCUUCAUGAUGCUUUGUUGUGUGCUGCAUUAAGCAAAUAAACAAUAAAUGGAUUGUGAUUCAUC